AUAGAGUUUCGAGUAACCUAUUAGUUUUGUGCAGUUUCUUUUUAAUUUAUUACUGUUUUCGCUGCUAAUUUUAUUUUACUAUUAACUGCUGUUACUUGAAUCAUGGCAAAAGCACAAUUCAAGAAACAGCUCUCAAACACCUAUAAAUUUAAAAAGAAGACUGGUAAAGUGAAAAAACGCUAUAAUAACUUUCAGCCUGAGAAUAAUGAGUUGAAAAAAGCAAGGAUUGUUGUUCGUAACCUGUCUUUCAACACUACGGAAGCGGAUAUACGUAGGUUGUAUGAGCCAUUUGGGAAACUUGAGGAGGUGAAUUUGUUGAAAAGGCCAGAUGGAAAACUGGUAGGAUGUGGAUUUGUGCAGUUUGAGAAAGUUGAGGAUGCCUCCAAAGCUAUCUUCAAAACAAACAAAUCUAAUUUUUUAGGACGAACGAUUAGUAGCGAAUGGGCUAUUCCUAAGUCAGAAUUUGCUGAAAAAAUAAAAAAAGAGGAAGUCAAGGAUGAAGAAGUUCUGGAAAAAAACGAUGUUCAUGAACCAAGCACUGAAAAAGAAAGUCAUGAAAAAACAGAGGAAAUUGAGGUUUGUGAAAAGAAGAAAAAAAAGACUGGAAAGAAGAAUCAGUUAUCAAAAACAGAGCAGAGAAAACUUCAAAAAGAAAAAAAAAGGCAAAAAAAGUCGAGGAUCGUUAUCAGAAAUUUGCCUUUCACAGUUACUGAAAAUUUGCUGAAAGAUCACUUUGGCAAGUACGGAAAAAUAGAUGACAUCAAUCUUCUGAAAAAGUCAGAUGGAAGACCCGUUGGUGUGUGCUUUAUGCAGUUUGAUAAAGUUCAGUGUGCGUCUCAAGCUAUUCUUCAUGAAAAUAUGCAAAGUCUACUCAAUAGACCCAUGGUUGUAGACUGGGCUAUACCUAAAGAUAAAUUCCAAAAGCAAAAUGAAAAACCAGACAGUCAAAGAAAAGAAGGAGAUGACGACGAUGAGUUAGAAAUUGUGAAAGAAGAGAAAAAUGAGAAUUUUGAUCCAGACAAAGUUAAAAUAAAGGAAGAAAAAGAAAGUGACGACGAAGUUGUACACAAAGAUGAAAGUGAUGAAGAAAAUAGUGAUAGUGAGCAAAGUGAUGAAAAUAGUGAUGAAGGAAGCGACGACAAUGCGGAAGAUGAGGAUGAGGAUGACGACAUAGACGCAAAAAUGAAGUACGAUGAUGAAAAAUCCGUAACUUCGUCCGUAGCAUCCUCACAUCCGCGUCGUGUUUCCAACGAUGUUAGCGAAGGCAAAACUAUAUUCAUAAAAAACGUUCCAUUCUCUGCCACCAAUGAGGAUCUCAAGCAAUGUAUGCUACAGUUUGGUCCUGUAUACUAUGCUCUCGUUUGCAUGGAUCGCCUGACUGAGCACUCAAAGGGUACUGCUUUUGUCAAAUUUGUGAAUGUCGAAGAUGCUGAAAAAUGCUUAGCUGCAGGAACAGAAUUACAGCUACACAAUCAAGUCCUUGAUCCCCACAGAGCUCUACACAGAAACGAUGUAAAUAAAAUGAACGCGGAGAAAAAACACAAAGCUAAGGAUACCAGAAAUCUUUAUCUCAUAAAGGAAGGAGUUGUACUUGCCAGUUCCCCUGCAGCUCAGGACGUAUCGGCCGUGGAUAUGACCAAGCGAUUGCAGCUGGAAAAGUGGAAAUCGCAAAUGCUGCGCAACCUCAACAUGUUUGUCUCAAGGGUGCGCUUGGUCAUCCAUAAUUUGCCAGAUAACUGCGACGACUCUAAGCUCAGACAGCUUGUGAAAAAACACAGUGAUUCGGGAGCUGUGAUUACAGAGGCAAGAGUCAUGAGGGACUUGAAGAAUCUAGACGCCAAUGGUAUCGGCAAGUCCAAGGGGCACGGCUUCGUUUCCUUCAGCAAGCACGAGGACGCUCUGAGGGCGCUCCGCAGCCUCAACAACAAUCCCAACGUUUUCACGAAAGGCCAGCGGCCAAUCGUCGCCUUCUCCAUAGAAAACCGAGUGAUGGUCAACGCUAAGCAGAAGCGCCACGAAAAAAGUCUUCAACACAAUCCAACGUGGAAAAGAUCAGCGGACGGUGACGACUACGGCAACGCGCAGUCAAAGGUUUCAAAAAAAGCCCAAGAAAAUAAGCCCAACCCGAACAAGCGGCACAAAAAUAGUAGUAGGCCUCUCGGUGUCAGCGAGUCCGAGGAGGUCAAAAAAUUCGCCGGUGUGACGAGUAGACCAGGCAAUACCGGAAUGAUCGGUAAAUUUUUCCUUAAAAAGCAGGCCAAAAUGCACGAGGAAAAUCUGAAACGGCAAAAAAAACAGAAAAAGGGCGCGAAAAAAAUGACGGCCCAGAAAUUUGAGCAGGCGGCCAGCCGAAAGGAGGCAAAACCUAAGCAGGGCAAAAUGAAGCCAGACGCCGAUGAGAUCAACUUCAGCAAACUCGUCAACAGUUACAAAAACAAGCUGUCAUCUGUAUCUACAUCCAAAUGGUACGAGGGAACGUAGAGGGUAAAGGAUGAGCGAACUGUGUACAAGAGAAAUUAAGUGAAUGAAAGGAGGAGCGCCAGUUACGUCACAUAAAAAUAAAUAUA